AGGUGUUACGGGCUGGCGCGUCCGCAGUUGUUUCUCGUUGGGCCAGUUUUGAAAGAGUUCACCUUGCUGGGUGUUCAGGAGAGACGGAACAGCCCAAGGAGCUUGAACGUCCCUCUUAGCCACUAGCUCUGGUUCCUCCGGGUCAGGGUUGAGAUGAGGGGGCUGCAUGUGUGGGGGCAGGAUUUGGAAGCUGGUUUGUGCCUACACAGAGUCUCCUCUGUCUAACCUCUCGGCAAUGAAGCUGAGCAGCAUCAGACGUGAGAGCAGCAUCAGCAGAGAUGAAACCAGCCUGGGUUUGUGCCGAUGAUUUGCCUUCACUAGCCCUUGGACUUCCAGCUACGUGCUGUCAGGCAUUGACAAGAGAGCCGGCAGCGUUAGCAUGGUGGGGGCAGCCCUGCCUCCAUCUGCACCAUGGGGUUUGGGACCCAGCUGGGGCUGCUGCUGUGGAAGAACUUCACCUAUCGGCGCAGGCAGAAGAUCCAACUCACCAUUGAGCUUCUGUGGCCCCUCUUCCUCUUCUUCAUCUUGAUCUCGGUGCGGCAGUCGCACCCGCCUUUCGAGCAGCGUCAAUGUCACUUCCCCAACAAGGCCUUGCCCUCGGCUGGGACGCUGUCAUGGAUUCAGGGCAUGAUCUGUAACGUGAACAAUCCCUGCUUCCAGUACCCGACGGCCGGUGAGACGCCCGGCGUGGUGGGGAACUUCAACCAGUCCAUCAUCUCUCGUCUGUUUGCUGAUGCCCAGAGGGUGCUGCUCCAUGCCAACAGCAAGCAGACCCUGAGCAGCUUUGGCCAGCUCCUGCCUGCCCUGCGCCGGCUCUGGGGGAGCGGAGCUCCAUGGAUGGCCAGGCCGGUCAAGGACUACCUGAAAGAGGGCGAGACCUUUUCCCGCUUCCUCCAGACCAACGCCUCCCUUCCCCCUGCCCUGGCGGAGGAGCUGCUGGGAGCUCGGUUGGACCUGCGCAUCCUCUCCCUUGCCGCCACCGGCAUGCCGCUGAAGGCCAUCGUCUGCAACGCCUCCGUGCUGGCGGAGUUCCUGGUGGCAGCGGAGACGAGCUCCGGGGAGCGCCUGCAGGGGCGGCUCUGUGCUCUGCCAGCGCCCACCCUCCAGGCCAUGGAGCGCAGCUUCCUCUCGCAAGCGGAUUUCUCCCAAGUCUUGGCGGAGCAGCUGAGCUCCAAAUCGGACGACGUGGUGAGCGCCGUGGAGACCCUGGUCACUUUCCUCCAGGGCGCCGAGACGCUCGCGAAGGAGGUCGGCGCCAUGACCAGCUUUGCAGAGUUCCGGCGGGAGCUGCAGGCGCUGUCGGGGCGGGACGCUGGCUCCUCCCUGCAGGGCACCUUCGAGGCCGUGUCCCGCAUCGCCUGCGGGCACCCGGAAGGGGGCGACCUCAAGAUCCCCUCCCUCAACUGGUACGAGGACAACGACAUCAAGGCCUUCCUGAACCGCAACAGCUCAGAGCAGGGAGCCGUCCCGCUGGACAACGCCACCAGCCCUUACUGCAAGGAGCUGAUCCGGAGCCUGGAGUCGAACCCGCUGUCCCGGAUCCUGUGGCGGGGGAUCAAACCUCUCUUCAUCGGCAAAAUCCUCUACGCCCCGUCCAGCCCCAGCACACGAAGGAUCAUGGCCGAGGUGAACCGGACGUUCCAGGAGCUGGCCGUGUUGCGGGAGGUGAGGGGCACCUGGCAGGAGCUGGGGCCUCGGGUCUACGCCUUCCUCAACAGCAGCCUGGAGAUGCAGGUCCUUCAGAGCCUGCUGCGGGAACCUGCCACCUCCCGCCUGGUGGAGCAGGGUCUGAACGGCACUUCGUGGGACCCAUCGGCCGUGGGCGAGUUCCUGGCGGGGGUGCCAGGGGGCCAGGCCUACACCUGGCGCCAGGCCUACGCAGAGGUGGACCAGGUGGUGGGCACCCUGUCGCAGUUCAUCGAGUGCGUCUCCCUGGACAAGGUGGAGGCGGUGGCCUCCGAAGAGCAGCUGGUGUCACGGGCCCUGCAGCUGCUGGAGGGGCGCCAGUUCUGGGCCGGCGUGGUCUUCCUGCCCCCCGACAAUGCCACCCCUGGGGAGCUGCCCCCCCAUGUCCGCUACAAGAUCCGCAUGGACAUCGACGACGUCACCCGCAGCAACAAGAUCAAGGACAGGUUCUGGGACCCGGGCCCAGCCGCCGACCCCUUCAGCGACCUGCGCUACGUCUGGGGGGGCUUCGUCUACGUGCAGGACCUGGUGGAACGGGCCAUCACGCGGGUCCUGAGCGGCGCUGCCAGCCGCACCGGCAUCUACCUGCAGCAGAUGCCCUACCCCUGCUACGUGGAUGACGUUUUCCUGCGGGUCUUGAAUCGUUCGCUGCCGCUCUUCAUGACGCUGGCCUGGAUCUACUCGGUGGCCGUCAUCAUCAAAGGGGUGGUGCACGAGAAGGAAGCCCGGCUGAAGGAGACCAUGAAGAUUAUGGGGCUCAGCAGGGGCAUCCUCUGGCUCAGCUGGUUUAUCAGCAGCUUCAUCCCCUUCCUCAUCAGCUCCUCCUUCCUCGUCCUCAUCCUCAAGCUGGGAGACAUCCUGCCCUACAGCGACCCCACCGUGGUCUUCCUCUUCUUGGCCGCCUUCACUGUGGCCACCAUCGCCCAGUGCUUCCUCAUCAGCACCUUCUUCUCCCGCGCCAACCUGGCCUCGGCCUGCGGUGGCAUCAUCUACUUCUCCUUCUACCUGCCCUACGUGCUGUGCGUGGCCUGGCGUGACCACAUCACCUUCCCGCUGCGCCUCUGCUUGAGCCUCCUGUCCCCAGUGGCAUUUGGGUUUGGCUGCGAGUACUUCUCCCUGUACGAGGAGCAGGGCGUGGGGAUCCAGUGGUACAACCUGAACUCCAGCCCCGUGCAGGGCGACCCUUACAACUUCGCCACCUCCAUGGCGCUGCUGCUCCUGGACGCGUGUCUGUACGGCCUGGCCACGUGGUACAUCGAGGCUGUCUUCCCAGGCCAGUAUGGGAUUCCCAAACCCUGGAAUUUUCCCUUCCUGAAGAGCUACUGGUUUGGAGAGUCAUCCUCCGAAGGCUGCCACCCCUUCCCGACCAUCUCCUUGAGCUCUGCGGAAGUGCUGGUGGAGGAGCCGCCCUCGCAGCUGCGCCCAGGGGUCUCCAUCCGCAACCUGGUGAAGAUUUACCGCAGUAGCAGCAAAGUGGCCGUCAAUGGGCUGAGCCUCAGCUUCUACGAGGGCCAGAUCACCUCCUUCCUGGGCCACAACGGGGCCGGCAAGACCACCACGAUGUCCAUCCUGAGCGGUCUGCUGCCCCCCAGCUCCGGGACGGCCUACAUCCUGGGCCGGGACAUCCGCUCCGAGAUGGACAGCAUCCGGAAAACCAUGGGGAUGUGUCCCCAGCACAACGUCCUCUUUGACAUCCUGACGGUGGAGGAGCACAUCUGGUUUUAUGGGCGCCUGAAGGGGCUAUCAGGGGAGCAGGUGAAGGAGGAGGUGAAGCAGAUCAUCCAGGAUGUGGGGCUGCCCCACAAGCGCCGGGAGCAGACCAAGAACCUGUCGGGUGGGAUGCAGCGGAAGCUCUCCGUGGCCAUCGCCUUCGUGGGCGGCUCCCAGGUGGUCAUUCUGGACGAACCCACUGCUGGGGUCGACCCCUACUCCCGGCGGGGCAUCUGGGAGCUGCUGCUGAAGUAUCGCAAAGGCCGCACGGUCAUCCUCUCCACCCACUACAUGGACGAGGCGGACCUGCUGGGCGACCGGGUGGCCAUCAUCUCCCAGGGCCGGCUUUGCUGCUGCGGCUCCCCACUCUUCCUCAAGGCCAAGCUGGGCACCGGCUAUUACCUGACCCUGGUGAAGCGGGAGGCCGGCGCCCGGGAGCGGGCGGCCCCGGGGGGCAGCGCCAGCAGCAUCACCAUCGCCAGCAGAAGGGAUGACAGCAGUUCAGAGCGCAGCUGUGACACCGGCCUGGGCAGCGAGCAGUGCAGCGAGUCCAGCACCGUGGACGUGCCGCAGCUGUCAGCCCUGAUCCAGAAGCUGGUCCCUGGCUCCCGGCUGGUGGAGGAUAUUGGCCACGAGGUGCUGUACGUCUUGCCGUAUGGCGGCGCCAAGGAUGGGGCCUUUGGGGAGCUCUUCCGGGAGCUGGACGGGCGCCUGGGCGAGCUGGGGGUCUCCAGCUACGGAAUCUCGGACACCACCUUGGAAGAGAUCUUUCUGAAGGUGGCUGAGGACACAGGAGUGGACGCUGACACCACAGGCUCUGGGGGAGCCCCCCAGCGUGUGAGAACGGCAGCCCCCGCCUCCUCCUACACGCUGCGGACGGUGAGCGAGAACGGGGACGCGGAGGCAGCAGAUACCGAGCCGGUCAAAGGAUCCAGGAAAGCUGAGGAGCCAAAGGAGACCGAUUUCCUGCACAGCCUGGAUGGCAGAGGCUCCCACCAGGUGCUGGGCUGGGCCCUGACCCGCCAGCAUCUCCGGGCUCUUUUCACCAAGAGACUCCUCUACGCCCGGCGCAGCACCAGGGGCUUCUUCGCACAAAUCGUCCUGCCGGCUGUCUUUGUGUGCAUCGCCCUCCUUUUCAGCCUGAUCGUGCCACCCUUCGGGAAGUACCCCCCGCUGCGCCUGGAGCCCUGGAUGUAUGGGGAGCAGUUCACCUUUUUCAGUGAUGACUCCCCGGGGGACCCUGAUUCUGUGCAGCUCCUUGGAGCCCUGCUGGCCGAGCCGGGCUUCGGUACCAAGUGCAUGAGGGAUGCCCUGGAGGGGAGAGCGCCUUGCCCACCGGCGUCCCACGAACGAGGCUUCUGGACCCCCGAAGUGCCCCGGUCCCUGGCCGAGGUUUUCCGGAACACGAACUGGACGCCAGCCAACCCCUCCCCGGCCUGUGAGUGCAGCUCCCGGGGGGCCAGGAAGAUGCUGCCCGACUGCCCUGAAGCAGCGGGGGGGCUUCCUCCUCCACAGGUGCAAAGGGGCACUGGCGACAUCCUCCAGAACCUCACGGGCAGGAACAUCUCCGAUUACCUGGUGAAAACCUACCCCAAGAUCAUCCGCCAGGGGUUGAGAACCAAGAAAUGGGUCAAUGAGCAGAGGUACGGCGGCAUCUCGCUGGGUGCCCAUAGUUCUCAGACCCUGCCCUCGGCAGAGGAGGUGGAUGGUGCUGUGCGGGAGAUCCGGGCUGUGCUGAACAUCACAAAGGGGAGCCCCAUAGACAGGCUGCUGGGAAACCUGACCAGCUUCAUCGAAGGGCUGGACACCCGCAAUAAUGUUAAGGUCUGGUUCAACAACAAGGGCUGGCAUGCCAUGGUGUCCUUCGUCAACGUGGUGAACAACGGGCUGCUGCGGGCCAGCCUGCCCCCGGGCGCAGAGCCCUGGCGCUACGGCAUCACGGCCAUCAACCACCCCCUGAACCUCACCAAGGAGCAGCUCUCGGAGGCCGCGCUGAUGGCCACCUCAGUGGAUGUGCUGGUCUCCAUCUGUGUGAUGUUCGCCAUGUCCUUCAUCCCCGCCAGCUUCGUCCUCUUCCUCAUCGAGGAGCGGGUCAGCAAGGCCAAGCACCUGCAGUUCGUCAGCGGCAUGAAGCCCGGCGUCUACUGGCUGGGCAACUUCGCCUGGGACAUGUGUAACUACCUGGUCCCAGCAGGGCUGGUCGUCCUCAUCUUCCUCUGCUUCCAGCAGAAGUCCUACGUGUCCUCAGCCAACCUGCCCUCCCUGGUGCUGCUGCUGUUCCUCUAUGGCUGGUCCAUCACGCCGCUGAUGUACCCGGCCUCCUUCCUCUUCACCAUCCCCAGCACGGCCUACGUGGUGCUGACCUGUGUCAACCUCUUCAUCGGCAUCAACGGCAGCGUGGCCACCUUCGUGCUGGAGCUCUUCGUCGACCAGAAGCUGAACCAUGUCAACCGCAUCCUGAAGAAGGUUUUCCUCAUCUUCCCGCACUUCUGCCUGGGCCGGGGCCUCAUCGACAUGGUGAAGAACCAGGCCAUGGCCGAUGCUUUCGAGAGGUUCGGAGACAAGCGUUUCGUGUCUCCGCUGUGCUGGGACCUGGCUGGGAAGAACAUGUUUGCCAUGGCUCUCCAGGGCAUCGUCUUCUUCCUCUUCACCAUCCUGCUGCAGUACAGGUUCUUCAUCAAGCUCCGGCCCUUUGCUGUUAAACUUCCCCCUCUGGGCGGGGAGGACGAGGACGUGGCCAGGGAGCGGGAGAAGAUCACAAGCGGAGCACGGCGGGGAGACAUCCUGGUGCUGCAUGACCUGACCAAGGUGUACCGGGCGAGGAAGAAGCCGGCUGUGGACCGCCUGUGUGUGGGAAUCCCCCCGGGGGAGUGUUUCGGUCUCCUGGGGGUGAAUGGCGCUGGGAAGACGUCCACCUUCAAAAUGCUGACUGGGGACACGGAGGUGACCCUAGGAGAUGCCUGUCUGAAAGGGCACAGGCUGCUCUGCUGGGCUCUGGCAGCCCUGGGGACACCCCGUUCUCCCAGCCCCUCCCUGCGGAUCGGUUUCCCCGGGGCCCCGCUGCAGGACGCCCCCCCCAGCUGCUCGGUGUCUCCGUCCUCGCAGCGUGCUCCGCGACCUGCAGUCGGUCCAUCAGAACAUGGGCUACUGCCCCCAGUUCGACGCCAUCAACGACCUGCUGACGGGACGGGAGCACCUGGUGUUCUACUGCCGUGUGCGAGGCGUCCCCGAGGAGGAGACGCCCAGGGUGGCUCAGUGGGGGGUCUCCAAGCUGGGCCUGGCGCAGUACGCCGACAGACCCGCCGGGGGCUACAGCGGGGGGAACAAACGCAAGCUCUCCACGGCCAUCGCCCUCCUCGGUGCCCCGCCGGUCGUCUUCCUGGACGAGCCGACCACGGGGAUGGACCCGCGAGCCAGGCGGUUCCUGUGGAACUGUAUCCUCAGCGUGAUCAAAGAGGGCAGAUCCGUGGUGCUCACCUCCCACAGCAUGGAGGAGUGCGAAGCCCUGUGCACCCGCAUGGCCAUCAUGGUGAACGGCCGGUUCCGCUGCCUGGGGAGCGUGCAGCAUCUGAAGAGCAGGUUCGGCGACGGCUACACGAUCACCCUGCGGGUGUCGGGCCCCGGGCCGGACCUGCGGCCCGUGGAGACGUUCAUCCAGGACUCCUUCCCCGGCAUCGUCCUCAAAGAGAGGCACCAUUGCAUGCUGCAGUACCAGCUACCCUCUCGGAGCUGCUCCCUGGCCAAGAUCUUCAGCAUCUUGUCCACUCACAGGGGCACCUACCGCAUCGAGGACUAUUCCGUGUCCCAAACCACGCUGGACCAGGUGUUUGUCCAUUUCGCCAAGGACCAAAGUGAAGACGAGCCCCUGCCGGACUUGGCACCCCUGUCCAAGCCCCAGCCCCCUGACCCCUGGAAGAGGAUCACCCACUUCCUGGAGGACGACAGCUACCAGGAGAGUGCAGUCUGAGACCCUCCCCCGGCCAGGAGUGUAGCCAAAAUACAGAGGGGGGCUUCCCUCGUAGCACCAGGGCUCCUCCUGCUUGGAGCAGGGUGGAGGGAAAGCCCCACCUACCCCUAAAGCCGAAUCAAUAAAACACCCAUUGCUCCUAGGGGGCAGAGGCCCCCAGCUGAUGCUCCUCACCCCACAUCCGUGGCUGUCCCCCCAGGGGAGUGACGCAGAGCCCCCUAAACCUGAAUCAACAGUGCAGAGGGGGUAGUGCCUGACUCCACGGUGCCCUCUGGGAGCAGCUCCUGCCAAGCCCCCACCCUAGGGUGCAGGGAGCUUUCCUGGGAGUCACUCCCUCUCCCAGCGAGCAAGGGGUGGGGUGGGGUGAGCCUCCUUAUGCCUUAAGUGGCAACCAGGAGGUGGGAUCUGCCUCCCACACUCCCAGGGCUCCAACGCCCACCUCUGCCCUGAGUUUGAAUCCCAGGCUGGGCCCGUCGGGCUCUCCUCCUCGGGCUCCUGUGGCUGGCUCCUUGCAGGCACAGCUCUCACUUGGUAUUUGUACUGCGCCCUGCCCCGGUUCUGGGUGGGCCAGGGGUGUGGAUGUCACCCCUUGCCCUGCCCAGCUCCAUGCACUUCCCGCCCAUAGUAGGGCCCAGGGGCCUUUCUCAGAGACUUACCUGCAUUAAACCCAGCCGCUUGGGCUCCCAAGGGGGAGGCUCGGCUGGACCCUGCGGGGUCCUUGGUCCCCUUCACUGCAUUCUGCUGUGAGCUGCUGUUUGAACAGGCCGCAGGGCUGCCCCCCACUCUCCAGUGACUGCAAGGCCCUCGCCAGCCGUGUGAUGUCAGGGAUCCCCUCUCUUCCUGGGGAGGGCACUCCAUUUUCCCUCCGUUCCCCAUGCUGCAGCCACCAAGGGGCUUGCCUGGGAGCCUGUCAGUAACACUCCUUCAGCUGCCGGGGCCAUGAGCCCCUCCUUUCCGCCCUGCCCCAGGGCUUAACAUGCUGCGUCCACUGGUGGCCUCCCGUGGGAACAUCCCUUUGCGUUAAUCCUUCCUCAGACCACGUCGCUCUCCCAGGCCCUGAGCUGCUGUGCCCCUGCCUGGAGCCUGAGCUGUCCCUAGGCGGGGAGGUCUGCGAUCCCCAAGGCUCCCCAGCUACCUCCCCUCCUGGCUGUUCAUGGGCCAGAUCUUGGCUCCUGGUGGGAGCGGUGGUGAAGGUCUCACUGAGCGGGAGUUGGUCCCUGAUCCCUGGCACCUUCCCUGGCAAGGCAGGGGCAGUGGCCCUCACUCUGCCAGUCCUCCUUUGGAGGAGAGAACAGCUGAUGCCUGCCUCCUCUCCGAGGCCGCCUGCUUUUCUGUCCGUCCGCCCCGUCACUAACAAUGCAGUGACCUCCCGUCCCCAAAGAUGAUGUAGCAUUCUCCCCGGGCACUGUCCUAGCACAGACUCCGCCCACUCUCACCACCAGCCCCGCCCACCAUCUAAGUAUUGUAUUAUCCCCUUUUAAAAUGGCCCAUGUUGCCAUGGCCAUGGCUGGCCUCUUCUCCCAAUGGUCCGAGACGCAGGCAGUGGCCGCUGACGACGUACUGUGGCGUUUGUGCCCCAGGCAUUAGGCCGGGCUAGGGCAUCGCCGCGCCCCAGCCGACUGUUACAAACACCUGAGCCGAUGCCCCUCCACACAACGCUGGCCCCAGGCCCCAAAGAGGCGUGACCCUGCCCCCAUGCCCCGUCCGCUCUGCCCUGAGGGCACUGGGGCUGGGCUCUCUCAUGUAGCUGGUCUGUUUUCUGGUAUUUAUAGAGCAGAGUCUGUGGAGAUUUGCGUGAAAUACUAAGCGAAUUAAAUAUACGCACACAAUAACCCCCAGUCUGGGGGUGGAACGAUUCUA